AUGGCUAAUUCCGAAACGUAUGAUGAGCGAAUGAUACAAAAUUCACCUAACCAACUAUCGAGAUCCGGCGAGUUAGGAGUUUGCAACAGUCCUUGUUGCACUAUUUGCCCAACAUAUCAAAGUUUGAGAACAGCUCAACCAAAAGCCAUAAAAGCUUCAAGUUUGUUAAGUCAUAAGUUCUAUGAAGCACUUUUCUCCGAAGCUAAAGUUUGGAUAAAGCGAUGUUUCACAUUCCUAUGUCCAUAUAUUCCUGGAGUCAUAAACUCACAUACAAAACAUGUGCAACAAUGGAUCAAAUUCUUCGUCAUCGCUUGCUUGGUGGCGGUUUUCGUGGACCCUUUGUUUUUCUUCUUGUUGUCUGCACAACAGGGGAACAAGUGCAUAUUUAUUAACCAGCCAAUGACCAAAACAAUAGUGGCUUUCAGGAGCAUGACUGACUUCAUAUACUUACUUCAUAUGCUUCUUCAGUUUAGGCUAGCUUGUGUGGCUCCUGAAUCUAGAGUAGUUGGUGCUGGAGAAGUAGUUGAUGAACCAAAGAAAAUCGCUCUAAAUUACUUGCGCGGAAAAUUUUUCGUCGACUUGUUUCUUGUUCUACCACUUCCCCAGUUAAUAAUUCUGGUAAUCCUACCAAAGUUCCCAGAAUUAUUGGGAGCAAAUUACGCAAAAAAUCUUCUGCGGACGGCGGUUCUUGUUCAGUACAUUCCCAGGUUGUACAGGUUUCUACCUCUGCUUGCUGGUCAGUCUCCAAACGGCUUCAUAUUUGAAACAGCAUGGGCUAACUUUGUCAUAAACCUUCUCACUUUCAUGUUAUCCGGCCAUGUUGUCGGAUCCUUCUGGUACCUCUUUGGCUUACAGAGGGUCAACCAAUGUCUUCGAGAGGCCUGCCAUAACUCUGGAAUCGAGUUUUGCAUGAGAUUCAUAGAUUGUGGAGACGGAAGUGCUACCAAAAAUUUUUUAAACGACCCAACUUGGGAUGGCUGGAAAAACAAUGUUAAUUCUAGUGCAUGUUUUACUGAAGAAGGUUUUCCUUAUGGAAUCUACAAUCGGGCUGUGAAUUUGACAACCCAAAAUAGCAUAAUAACAAGAUAUGUAUAUUCAUUGUUCUGGGGAUUCCAGCAAAUCAGUACUCUGGCAGGAAAUCUAACUCCAAGCUAUUUUGUAUGGGAAGUCCUUUUUACUAUGGCGAUUGUCGGACUUGGCCUCUUGCUCUUCGCUCUUCUCAUCGGAAAUAUGCAGAAUUUUCUUCAGUCUCUUGGCCGGAGGAGAUUGGAAAUGUCGUUAAAAUGUCACGAUGUUGAGAGGUGGAUGGGCAAUUGGCGCUUGCCAGAAGAACUAAGAAAGCAAGUACGGCGAGCUGAAAGGUGUAACUGGGCUGCAAAUAGAGGUGUGAAUGAAGAAAUACUUUUGGAGUGUUUGCCUGAGGAACUUCAAAGAGACAUAAGACGCCAUCUCUUUAAAUUUGUGAAGAAAGUAAGAAUUUUUUCGGUCAUGGAUGAUCCUAUCUUGGAUGCAAUUUACCAGAGACUAAAACAGAACACAUAUAUCAAAGGGAGCAAAAUUCUGUACUGUGGUGGUCUGGUUGAGAAGAUGGUCUUCGUUGUGCGCGGAAAAUUGGAGAGCAUUGGAGAGGAUGGGACUGUAGUAACCUUACGCGAGGGAGAUUUUUUUGGUGAAGAACUACUCACAUGGUGCCUUGAUCAGCAUUCUUCCGUAAACAAAGAAGGGAAAGCAUCCAAGUUUUUUUCUGGACAGAGAUUACUGAGCAACAGAAUGAUAAAUUGCCUAACAGAUGUAGAAGCAUUUUCGCUCCAAGCAAAAGAUCUCGAAGAGUUCACCAGACUUGACGCAAGAUUCUUGCGAAAUCCCCGAGUUCAAGGAGCUAUAAGGUAUGAAUCGCCUUACUGGAGAGGCCUUGCGGCAAUCAGAAUCCAAGUAGCAUGGAGAUAUAAGAAGAAAUGUCUAACUCAUGCUAGGACCUCAAUAUCGUGA